CUUACUGUAGCAAAUUAGGGUUCCAAAAGCGGAACCUAAUACUGCAAGUCAUGCCAGACCAUACCAGAUUGAUUUGAAUCAACCGCGGGCCGGUACGGUUGAGCAGAUCAUCUUAAGCUUGUAGACCACGAGUGCCCCAGUGAUUUAUUCCUGCAAAUAUUCUUGAGUCAGAAGUCCAUCAAGCCGCUUGGAUCCGAGGGAAUCGAAAGCGCGAGGUCCAAGCGGAACCGGACUCGGAGAUUGAUUACGAUUAUUGACUCGUACUUUGUCGCAUUACGAAAUUUUCGAAGCACAUAUCUUGACAUCGUCACAAGUACUUACAUAAAUACACACUAUCUAUCUCAACGAUCCUCCACGAUCCUCCAUACUCCUUCCCACUCUUUUCUGUACUACUUCAAUCUCUCAAGGACUAGCUGUAGAUCAUCGAUCACCCUUCAAACCUUCAACAAUCAAUCAUGGCUACUCGCAUCCAAUUCGAAAACAGCAGCGAAAUCGGCGUGUUCUCAAAAUUAACAAACAGCUACUGCCUGGCUGCAAUACAAGGCAGCGCAAAUUUCUACUCGGCCUUUGAGGCUGAGCUUGGCGAAGUCAUUCCCAUCGUGCAUUCCACGAUCGGCGGUACCCGUAUCGUUGGGAGAUUGACCGCAGGAAAUAGACAUGGUCUCCUCGUCCCUUCAACAACGACUGAUCAAGAACUGCAACAUCUGCGCAACUCCCUUCCUGAUGCUGUGGCCAUCCAACGAGUCGAAGAACGUCUAUCUGCACUCGGCAACGUAAUCGCUUGCAAUGACUACGUUGCCCUUGUCCACCCUGACGUUGAUCGCGAGACCGAGGAAAUCAUUGCUGAUGUCCUCAAGGUUGAGGUCUUCAGGCAGACCGUCGCAGACAAUGUCCUUGUGGGGAGCUAUUGUGCGCUAUCAAACCAGGGUGGACUAGUUCACCCAAAGACGAGUGUUCAGGACCAAGAUGAACUGAGCAGUCUUCUACAAAUUCCCCUCGUGGCUGGUACUGUAAACCGAGGCUCAGACGUUAUUGGCGGAGGUCUCGUCGUGAAUGACUGGUGCGCGUUCACUGGGCUUGACACUACCGCCACGGAGAUCAGUGUUAUCGAAGCUGCAUUCAAACUUCAAGGCCAAAGUUCUUCAGCUGUCAUUGGCGAGAUGCGGGAUUCUCUUAUCGACAACUGGGCGUGAUUGAUGUUUCACUAUCACGCAUCCUGUUACCGUUACACACUAUACCUUCACAUCUACUACCUUCAUCUACACUCGAAGCGCAACCUCGGUCAGUCUGCAACAUGAAUUCUGUAUCUUUACGCUCGAAAGUCGUUGGCAAUGGAAAAGUUGAGAGAGGAAUUGAUACUGGCACAUCGGUUUCAACAUUUUGCCUCUUGCAAAUCAAAAGCACAUCUAGAACUCCGCAUUAUCUCUCGAAUGUAAUUCGAAUUCACUGGCGACAAAAGGUCAUAAAAUAUUAGUUUCCCCGCCGUGUGGAGAAUAGUUGUUAUCUAACCGCCGGUAACCUUUUGAAUUGCC